UUUUAGCUCCUCUCUUCUUGUUUCCCCUCUUUGCCGAAGCCCAAACCUUCGUUUCCUGUGACCCUUCGACUUGCAGGGCUCAAAACCUAGAAUCCUUUUUCUGCAACAAUGGGUAUUUCUCGUGAUUCCAUGCACAAGAGACGAGCCACAGGAGGCAAAAAGAAGGCUUGGAGGAAGAAGCGAAAGUACGAGCUCGGGCGACAACCGGCUAACACGAAGCUGUCGAGUAACAAGACGGUUCGGAGGGUUAGGGUUCGAGGAGGCAACGUGAAGUGGCGCGCGCUGAGGCUCGAUACCGGGAACUAUUCGUGGGGGAGCGAGGCAGUUACUCGGAAGACCAGGAUCCUGGAUGUGGUCUACAAUGCGUCAAACAACGAGCUGGUGCGCACACAGACUUUGGUGAAGGGUGCCAUUGUUCAGGUGGAUGCGGCUCCUUUCAAGCAAUGGUACCUCCAACACUAUGGCCUUGAUAUUGGGCGUAAGAAGAAGAGCUCCUCUGCCGCCAAGAAAGAAGGCGAGGAAGGUGAGGCUACCACUGAGGAGGCAAAGAAAAGCAACCAUGUUCUGAGGAAACUUGAGAAGCGGCAACAAGGUCACAAGCUUGACCCACAUAUUGAGGAACAGUUCAGUAGUGGCCGUCUGUUGGCUGCAAUUGCAUCUCGGCCUGGUCAGUGUGGUCGAGCUGAUGGAUACAUCUUGGAGGGCAGAGAACUGGAGUUCUACAUGAAGAAGAUCCAGAGGAAGAAAGGGAAGGGUGCAGGAGGUGCUGCUUAAGAUUUCCAAGACAAACCUUCGCUUGCUAAUGACGAGUGUUUGUCUUAAUGUCGUGAUUUUUAAUUUUAUAUCGACUGUAGAUCAGUUGAAAUGGGUUUUAGUUAAUUUGAAUAGGUUUUCUUGUUAUAAAUUAAUGGCUUAGCCGAGUUAGCUAUCCGUCUAUAUUCUAAUGAAAUUUUGAACAGCUGGUGAGAAUGGCCUUCAGUCGUAUGGCCUGUAUAUUCGUUUUCUUGUGUUGUUAUUUUCCAUGGGUUUUGAAGGUUUCAAACAAAUUUCUCAGUUGGGCAAGUGUUGCAUUUGUUAUCCAUCAACCAUCAAUGAUUCCAUGUGGUGCGAAUAAAACUUGGACAGCCAUGUUAAAUGUU